AUGUACCGCACGUAUUUUCUCGGGAAUACGAGCGUGGCUUCUUCUAAGAACGCCACUCAUGCAAUUAGUUUCUGCGUUCUUUUUGUUCUCCUAAAUGUUUUGGCUUCUGCAGUAGAGGUUUCUUAUGAUGGAAGGGCCCUCAUCAUUGAUGGCAAACGUAGGGUUUUGCAGUCUGGCUCCAUCCAUUACCCUCGUAGCACUCCCGAGAUGUGGCCAGAUUUGAUAAGGAAAGCGAAGGCAGGUGGUUUAGAUGCAAUUGAGACUUAUGUUUUCUGGAAUGUACAUGAGCCUCUUCGUCGGGAGUAUGAUUUUAGUGGAAACCUUGAUCUCAUAAGGUUUAUCCAGACUAUUCAGGCCGAAGGACUCUAUGCAGUUCUUCGAAUUGGACCUUACGUCUGUGCUGAAUGGACCUAUGGAGGGUUCCCUAUGUGGUUGCACAAUAUGCCUGGUAUCGAGUUCCGGACGGCGAAUAAAGUUUUCAUGAAUGAGAUGCAAAAUUUCACGACCUUGAUUGUGGACAUGGCAAAACAAGAGAAGCUUUUUGCUUCACAAGGCGGCCCAAUCAUCAUUGCCCAGAUCGAGAAUGAAUAUGGUAAUAUUAUGGCACCUUAUGGAGACGCCGGAAAAGUGUAUGUUGACUGGUGUGCCGCCAUGGCCAACUCCCUUGACAUUGGAGUUCCAUGGAUUAUGUGCCAACAGAGCGAUGCCCCACAACCAAUGAUCAACACAUGUAAUGGGUGGUACUGUGAUUCAUUCACACCAAACAAUCCCAAUAGUCCUAAAAUGUGGACGGAGAAUUGGACUGGCUGGUUUAAGAACUGGGGUGGAAAAGACCCACAUCGAACUGCAGAAGAUCUUUCUUAUUCGGUUGCCCGAUUUUUCCAAACUGGCGGCACAUUUCAAAACUAUUACAUGUAUCAUGGUGGUACCAAUUUUGGUAGAGUUGCUGGUGGUCCAUACAUCACGACAUCAUAUGAUUAUGACGCACCUCUUGAUGAAUUUGGUAAUCUGAACCAACCAAAAUGGGGACAUUUAAAGGACCUCCACACUGUUUUGAAGUCAAUGGAGGAAACUCUCACAGAGGGAAACAUAACUACUAUUGAUAUGGGAAAUUCUGUUGAAGUCACAGUGUAUGCAACACAGAAAGUAUCAAGCUGCUUCUUUAGCAAUUCCAACACCACUAAUGAUGCUACAUUCACUUAUGGUGGAACUGAAUAUACUGUUCCUGCUUGGUCUGUUAGCAUCCUUCCAGAUUGUAAGAAGGAAGUUUAUAACACUGCCAAGGUAAAUGCUCAGACUUCGGUGAUGGUAAAGAAUAAGAAUGAAGCUGAAGACCAGCCAGCUUCUCUUAAAUGGUCCUGGAGGCCAGAGAUGAUUGAUGACACCGCCGUUCUUGGUAAGGGUCAAGUUUCUGCAAAUAGACUUAUUGAUCAGAAGACCACUAAUGAUCGGAGCGACUAUCUGUGGUACAUGAACAGUGUGGAUCUCAGUGAGGAUGAUCUUGUUUGGACGGAUAACAUGACAUUAAGAGUCAACGCAACCGGCCAUAUCCUCCAUGCUUAUGUUAAUGGGGAAUACCUUGGUUCACAAUGGGCAACAAAUGGAAUCUUUAACUAUGUGUUUGAGGAGAAGGUGAAGCUGAAGCCUGGAAAAAAUUUGAUUGCAUUGCUCAGUGCUACUAUUGGUUUUCAGAACUAUGGCGCCUUCUAUGACUUGGUUCAAUCUGGAAUCUCUGGGCCCGUGGAGAUCGUUGGAAGAAAGGGUGAUGAAACAAUAAUCAAAGACUUGUCAUCCCACAAAUGGUCAUACAAGGUUGGAAUGCAUGGCAUGGCCAUGAAGCUAUACGAUCCGGAAUCGCCCUAUAAGUGGGAAGAAGGAAAUGUACCCCUGAACAGGAACUUGACUUGGUAUAAGACCACCUUCAAGGCUCCUCUGGGAACAGACGCAGUUGUGGUAGAUUUACAAGGUCUGGGUAAGGGUGAGGCCUGGGUGAACGGCCAGAGUCUCGGCCGCUACUGGCCGUCUAGCAUAGCAGAAGAUGGGUGCAACGCAACCUGUGACUACCGCGGCCCAUACACCAACACAAAAUGUGUUAGAAACUGUGGCAAUCCCACCCAGAGAUGGUACCAUGUUCCCAGGUCCUUCUUGACCGCAGAUGAGAACACACUGGUCUUGUUUGAAGAAUUUGGUGGCAACCCGUCUCUGGUGAACUUCCAAACCGUCACGAUUGGAACUGCAUGCGGAAACGCAUAUGAGAACAAUGUGUUGGAACUUGCCUGCCAAAAUCGACCAAUUUCAGAUAUUAAGUUUGCUAGCUUUGGUGAUCCACAGGGCAGCUGUGGAUCAUUUAGCAAAGGCUCCUGCGAGGGGAACAAGGAUGCGUUGGACAUCAUAAAAAAGGCCUGUGUUGGAAAGGAAUCAUGCUCUCUCGAUGUAUCUGAGAAGGCCUUUGGGUCAACAAGUUGCGGCAGCAUCCCCAAGAGGCUUGCAGUUGAGGCAGUUUGCUAAUCGUCAAUUUAUUUAUUUAUUUUAUAAUUUUCUGUCAAUCGUUUAGGUUCCUUCCAAUGAGGGAGUAUCACAACCUGAUGGCUCAUAGUUGAAAUUUUAUUUUAAUUUUUAAAGCUUAAGUGGACGGUAUUGCCAUAAUAAAAUUUAAUUAAAGUUAAAAUAAGAAAAAUAUUAUUUUUUUUUAUGAAAAUCGGCAGCCCACAAAUUAUGUAUAUAAAAGAAAGGAAUGAUACAGUCAUCUGUUUUUCCAUUCUAACAUCGUUCUUGUCUGCAUCUCAAUUUCAAAGAUGCCUAACCUUUUACUAGUAUAAAAAUUCCUACCUAGUGGCUAUCACCGCAUCUCUAUGAAGGGUAGCAGUUUGGCCAUGGCUAUAAUCUAAUGUAAGAGAAUCUUUCCUGCAACAGAUGAUUUAUUUAGAUAAGUAAAAUCUUUAAAAGGUCCAUUCUGAAUAUCCAUGCAUGUCUGAUGAUUCCCCAAAAAGCAUCGAAAACUUCAACUCAUUUGGAACUGGACCUGCCGCCGAUUGCUCAGGCUGGACCGGCGUUUUCAACUCUGGUCCUUCACACUCCUCCGGCGCCUUGCGAGCGUGUUUAGACGCAGCGACCUGAAUUUCUGGCGGCGAUAGAUCAGCAGCGUUGGGAAUAUCCGGUGGGGUUGAAGGAAAAUUGAGAAUUGCAGACGAGCCACGCAAGCAAAGCACGGCGGCGUCGUAUGCUCUGGCGGCCUCCUCCGGCUUUCCGUACGAUCCUAGCCAGAUUCUGUCUCUGCUGUUUGGCUGCCGAACCUCCGCCACCCAGCUCCCCCACUUUCUCAUCCUCACGCCCUUGUAACGCCCGCCAACGUCGUUGCGGUCGCCGUCUCUUCUCGCCGAUGGUCUCACCAUUUCCGCUAAUCUGAUGGAC